AUGAAGCAGUCCCCUGGGCUGACAAAACGGCCAUCAGGCGAUCUUCUCUGUAGCCUUGCACCAUCUCGCUGGGGGAGUACUCGAAAGUUUCGGCGCCAGCACUCGAGUCGUUUAUCGGGAGGAUCAUCUGCAGUCAGCAGCAGUAAUCGAACAUCGGCGCCUGGAGAAGAGAAAGCGCUGCAGCAGGAGGGCCGCAGUACAAACAAUCAUCCAGAACAUCAGUCUGGUCUCAACUCCAAUCCUCCCGCUCUGCGCACGUCGCAAAGUACCCAUGGAUCGAUCCAUCAUCCUAGGGGCACUAACAGAAACAGAGAAGCUUUCAUCCAUCGGCCCGGCACUGACGAUUCGAAAUGCUCCACAACUUCUGGCGACGAUUUCAGAGCUAGUCAGCGGAGUCCCACACCGGAUGAGGAUAUGAAGGAGGAGGUCUCGCAAGAAUCGGACUUUGAGCCUUUCGACGACGAUUUACUGCGACCAUUGCGCUAUUCUCAGGUUGCGGAAAUGGCGAGUCUGUUUCCCAUUCCUGUAAAGUCCAGCGGCUUUAGCAUUGGUAGCGACGGUACUCGUAAAGAGCGCAGGCUUCGCGCUCUCUCCCCCCAACACUCCAUAUCAUCCCUACCAAGACCAUCAUCUGCACUUUCAAAGUCGCCAAAGAAGACUGCAGCGUCAAUAUUCAGCUUCGAAUCUCAAGCGGGAAGUGAUCGGACCGCCCCAUUAUCUCCAGGACUUCCUUCACCAUCUACCUCUGACUUCUCACACAGCUUGAAAAGCUCAACCACCUUGUCCAAAAAGCUGUUGGCGGAUUUACAUGAUAAUUCGCGGGCCAACGGCGAUACGCUGAAAGCCGAAACCAAUGGCGAGGACGGUUCUGAUUUCCGGAAUGGCCUAAAACACGCCCCAAGCUCCAGAUCUACAAUAGUACCAGGAAUCUACUCUCUAGAGCGUCGUACGGAAGAGCUCUACAGCGCCGAGCAUUUGGAAUUCAUCUUGGGAGAUGAUGAGUUUCUCCACAAGUUCACACAGUUCUUGCGCAUCUACAGGCCCUCGAGAGAACCCAUUCUUGCACACUAUUUAAGCGCCAAGAAAGCCAUUCAAGCACUUGCAUAUGCCAACGCACUGACUGCAUUACUGGCUGAACGGAAACUUCCGUAUAAAUGUCUCCUUCACCCACCUUCCGGCGUCAGGAACAUGGAACUGGAUCUUGCCGCCAAGCAGGCAUUUGAUGAGCUUCUGAAGGAUGACCUGCAUUAUUACAUUGCUCAUAUCUGGACCGACUCGAUAAGUGCUCUGAUCAAACAGAGAAUCACAGGAACUCUAGCACCAUACAUUCGCGAAUCGCAUGCUGGACUGGGAGAGGUGUUUGUCAUUGCUGAUCCACGUAGAGAAGACUGUCCGAUCAUAUUCGCCUCGGAGAUGUUUGCUUCACAUACAGGUUUCAGUCUGGAAUACAUCAUCGGGAGGAAUUGUCGAUUUUUACAAGGACCGCGUACCACUACAGAUUCCGUGCGACGUUUUGCGAUUUCCAACAAGGAAGCCAAGGAUCAUACGGAGAUACUUCUCAACUAUCGAGGGGAUGGGACUCCUUUUCUCAGCAUGGUAAUGAACACGCCAUUAUUGGACAGCUUCGGCAAGGUCAGAUAUUUUCUCGGUGCACAGGUGGACGUCUCUGGCCUGCUGCAAGAUUGCACUGGCCYGGAGAGUCUGAGCAGACUUCUUGAAAAGCGAAACGAGCAUCGAAACGACAGCGUGCAAGAUGAUGGUGAUGGGCAUGGGCCUGAUCAGUAUGCCACCCUGAAGAAUCUGUGUCAGAAAUUCACCGCGGCAGAGCUUGCCAUAAUAAACAAGGAGAGUCAAACCUUCAAUCGGAAAGAGUACAUGCCGGAUGAUGCAGCUCCGCGACGCAAGAUCUCGAUUGAAAAACGACUCUUCCUCGCCGAUGGGAGCGAAUCCGACUCGGAAGAUCAAAGCGAGUCAACAAUACUGUACCCGGAGCAUCCUCCCGCAGAACGACCAAUAUCGACCGGAAAAUUGCCAGGCGCGUACAAAGACUAUCUACUCCUCMGACCCGCCCCCUAUCUCCGCAUCCUCUUCUCCUCCCCAUCAAUCCGUGAGCCAGGUUUACUCCAAACCCCUUUCCUAAACCGUAUCGGCGGAAGCAAGCGAACACGACGAGGUCUCGGCUCAGCACUCAAAGCCUCACAACCAGUCACAGCGCGAGUCCGAUGGUUACGAGCCGCGAAUGAGAAUGGUGAAGGCGAAGGAAUUACUCGCUGGUUACAUUGUACCCCUCUGUUGAAUUCUUCUAAUCAGGUGGGUAUGUGGAUGGUGGUUAUUGUGCAGCCGGAAAAGGAGAUUGCUGAGUCGGUGUAUUCUGAUAAGUCGAGUCGGACGACUAUUCGGAGUGGAUGA